GAAUGUUCCUGAGGGUGCUGAGCCUGAAAUAAUUUCAACCAUCAAAAAGACAUUUAACUUUGGUCAAAGUGAAGCGGUUCAUUUGUUUCAGACACUGCUGGAAUGCAUGAAAAGAAAAGAACUUAUUACAGUUUUCCAUAUUGGGUCAGACGAACAUCAGGAUAUUGAUGUUGCAAUACUUACAGCACUGUUAAAAGGCACGAAUGCAUCUGCAUUUGACCAGCUUGUUCUUACACUUGCAUGGGAUAGAGUUGACAUAGCCAAAAAUCAUGUUUUUGUUUAUGGGCAACAAUGGCUGGUUGGCUCUCUGGAACAGGCCAUGUUAGAUGCCCUUGUGAUGGAUAGAGUUGCAUUUGUGAAACUUCUGAUUGAGAAUGGAGUAAGCAUGCACAAAUUUCUUACAAUUCCCAGGCUGGAAGAACUUUAUAACACAAAACAAGGCCCAACUAACCCAACGCUCUUUCAUCUUGUUCGAGAUGUCAAACAGGGAAAUCUUCCUCCAGGAUAUAAAAUCAACCUGAUUGAUGUGGGGCUGGUUAUUGAAUACCUGAUGGGAGGAACCUACAGAUGCACCUAUACAAGAAAACGCUUUAGAGCUAUAUACAAUAGUCUCAGUGGGAACAAUCGGCGAUCUGGGCGAAAUCCUUCAAAUACAACUCCUCAGAUGUGUAAAAGCCACGAGCCCUUUGGUAACAGGGCAGACAAGAAGGAAAAGAUGCGCCAUAAUCACUUCAUCAAAACAGCGCAGCCGUACAAACCAAAGAUUGACACUGGUGCAGAAGAAGGAAAAAAGAAAAGAACCAAAGAUGAAAUAGUAGACAUAGAUGAUCCUGAAACGAGACGUUUUGCUUACCCUCUCAACGAGCUGUUACUCUGGGCGGUGUUAAUGAAGAGGCAGAAGAUGGCCCUCUUCUUCUGGCAGCAUGGGGAGGAGUCCAUGGCGAAAGCCUUAGUGGCUUGCAAAGUGUAUCGUUCCAUGGCAUAUGAAGCAAAACAAAGUGACCUUGUUGAUGAUACUUCAGAAGAACUGAAACAGUAUUCCAACGAGUUUGGUCAACUGGCAGUUGAACUGUUAGAACAGUCCUUCCGACAAGAUGAAACUAUGGCAAUGAAGUUACUAACCUAUGAGCUUAAAAAUUGGAGCAAUUCAACUUGUCUGAAGCUUGCAGUGUCGUCAAGGCUUCGUCCAUUUGUAGCGCAUACUUGUACACAGAUGUUGCUGUCAGACAUGUGGAUGGGAAGGCUGAACAUGAGGAAGAACUCGUGGUACAAAGUGAUACUGAGUAUUUUACUCCCUCCUGCUAUCCUGCUGUUGGAAUACAAGACCAAGGCAGAAAUGUCACAUAUCCCUCAAUCUCAAGACGCACAUCAAAUGGCAAUGGAUGACAGUGAGAACAACUUCCAGAAUGCAGCAGAUGAAAUACCUAUGGAGGUAUUUAAAGAAGUAAGGAUCUUGGACAGUACUUUGGAAAAGCAUGAUAUGGAGACACCAGCAAAACCUAAAAGGCUUCCAAUUACACAGAAGUUUUAUGCAUUUUAUCAUGCACCAAUUGUGAAGUUUUGGUUUAAUACGUUGGCAUACUUAGGAUUCCUCAUGCUCUACACAUUUGUGGUUCUUGUGAAAAUGGAAGAAUUGCCGUCUGUUCAAGAGUGGAUUGUUAUAGCUUAUAUUUUCACAUCAGCAAUUGAGAAAAUUCGUGAGAUUUUUAUGUCAGAGGCUGGGAAGAUUAAUCAGAAGAUUAAAGUGUGGUUCAGCGACUACUUCAAUAUCAGUGACACAGUUGCCAUUGUCACUUUCUUCAUUGGAUUUGCAUUAAGAUUUGGCGCAAAGGGGAAUUUCGGUGAAAACACUUACAGAGAAAACUAUGUCUUUGUUGCUGGAAGAAUAACGUACUGUCUCAAUAUAAUUUUUUGGUAUGUCCGAUUACUGGAUUUUCUCGCUGUAAAUCAGCAGGCUGGGCCUUACGUUAUGAUGAUUGGGAAAAUGGUGGCCAACAUGUUUUACAUUGUGGUGAUUAUGGCACUUGUAUUACUCAGUUUUGGUGUUCCCAGGAAGGCGAUAUUGUAUCCUGAUGAGGCACCUUCUUGGACUCUUGCUAGAGAUAUUGUGUUUCAUCCAUACUGGAUGAUUUUUGGUGAAGUGUAUGCCUAUGAAAUUGAUGUAUGUGCAAAUAAUUCUGAUGAAAAAGUUGCUCAUCUCUGUGGCCCAGGAACAUGGUUGACACCGUUUCUUCAAGCUGUCUACCUCUUUGUACAGUACAUAAUUAUGGUUAAUCUCCUUAUUGCAUUUUUCAACAACGUGUAUUUACAAGUCAAGGCGAUUUCAAACAUCGUGUGGAAGUAUCAACGCUAUCAUUUCAUUAUGGCCUACCAUGAAAAACCUGUUCUGCCUCCACCACUCAUUAUUCUUAGCCACAUGGCUUCCCUGUUCUGUUGUAUAUGUAAAAGAAGAAAGACAGACAAGACUUCAGAUGGGCCAAAGCUCUUCCUGACAGAGGAAGAUCAAAAGAAACUUCAUGAUUUUGAAGAGCUGUGUGUUGAGAUGUAUUUCAAUGAAAAGGAUGAUAAAUUUCAUUCUGGAAGUGAGGAGAGGAUUCGAGUCACAUUUGAACGGGUGGAACAAAUGUGCAUUCAGAUAAAGGAAGUUGGUGAUCGAGUCAACUACAUUAAACGGUCAUUACAGUCUUUAGAUUCCCAGAUUGGGCACCUGCAGGACCUCUCUGCUCUAACUGUGGACACUCUGAAAACACUGACUGCACAGAAAGCUUCAGAAGCGAGCAAGGUUCAUAAUGAAAUCACGCGGGAAUUGAGCAUUUCGAAACAUUUGGCGCAAAACCUCAUUGAGGAUGGCUCUCUAAGGUCUUCCGUGUGGAAAAAGCACAGCAUUGGAAAUGUUUUUGGUUCUUUUCCGCAAGGCGGCCUUGAAAGUAAUAAUGCUUUACUCUGUAACAUUUCUAUACGUGAUGACAAAGAAGUCCAACAUAAGACAAUUGGUCAGGAGUUAGCUCCAGUUCCCCGAAGAGAAGAAAUAAACUUUCCAGAGGCAGGUUCCUCAGGCAGUGCCUUAUUUUCAAGUGCUGUUUCCCCUCCAGAACUUCGCCAACGAAUACAGGCUGCAGAGAUCUCAAAAUCCAGUAGUAAAAGUAAAAAAUUAGGCAGUUCAUCCAACAGUAUGCCACAUGUAACAUCCCCAACAGCUAAAUUUUUUGUUAGCACUCCGUCUCGGCCCAGUUGCAAAAGUCAGCUGGAUUCCUCAGCAAAGCAUGAAGAGACUCUUUUCUCUAAGGCUACAGAAGGAGAUAAUAAUGUAGAAUUUGGUGCGUUUGUGGGUCACAGAGACAGCAUGGAUUUACAGCGGUUUAAAGAGGCAGCAAGCAAAAUGAAAGAAAGAAGUGCUGAUAUUGAGGGUCUUCAAACUGACUGCAGUCUACGACAAUCUAGUUCUUGUGGUGGGUUUACUGAUCCUCUGGCAGUCCAUUCAGAACAGUGUAAGUGUAGCAGAAGAGCAUCGAGUGAAGACACUCAGCAAGUAGACUCUAAAGCAGCCCUGCUGACGGAUUGGUUACAAGGUAGACCUUCAAAUAGCAGUCAAAUGCCGUGUGAAGAAGAUGCUUUAAAUGGCAUUGCCUCUCCUUUCAAGCCUAUCAUGGAUAUCAAUUACUAUUACUCAGCUGUUGAAAGAAAUAACUUGAUGAGAUUAUCACAGAGCAUUCCAUUCACUCCUGUGCCUCCAAGAGGUGAACCAGUCACUGUGUAUCGCCUCGAAGAAAGUUCUCCCAGCAUCUUGAACAACAGCAUGUCUUCCUGGUCGCAGCUAGGACUCUGUGCUAAAAUUGAAUUUUUAAGUAAAGAGGAGAUGGGAGGAGGUUUACGUCGAGCUCUUAAAGUAGUAUGCACAUGGUCAGAAUACGACAUCCUGAAAUCAGGACACCUUUACAUCAUCAAGUCUUUUCUUCCUGAAGUUGUGAAUACUUGGUCAAGCAUUUAUAAGGAGGACACUGUGCUACACUUGUGCUUGAGAGAAAUUCAGCAGCAGAGAGCAGCCCAGAAGCUUACCUUUGCUUUCAAUCAAAUGAAGCCCAAAUCCAUUCCGUACUCUCCAAGAUUCCUGGAAGUUUUCCUGUUAUAUUGCCACUCUGCUGGCCAGUGGUUUGCAGUUGAAGAGUGCAUGACGGGAGAGUUCAGAAAAUAUAACAACAAUAACGGCGAUGAAAUAAUUCCGACUAACAUGCUAGAGGAGGUUAUGCUAGCUUUCAGCCAUUGGACAUACGAGUAUACAAGAGGAGAACUGUUGGUGCUAGAUCUGCAAGGUGUUGGUGAAAGUUUGACAGAUCCCUCUGUGAUAAAAGCUGGAGAAAAAAGGUCAUAUGAUAUGGUGUUCGGUCCAGCCAAUUUGGGAGAGGACGCAAUAAAGAACUUCAGAGCGAAGCAUCACUGUAAUUCCUGCAGGAAACUUAAACUUCCUGAUCUGAAAAGGAAUGAUUACACACCUGACAAGAUCAUAUUUCCUCAGGAUGAUUCCCCUGAAUUGACAAUUCAGCCUGGAAGCUGCACCAAAGAAUCUGAUUCUGCUAAUUCUAUUCGUCUGAUGCUCUAA